UGGAGUGUGCAUAGGCUAGUUUCAUUACAGUCUUUUUUCUUGUUCUUCCACACGCUGUAAACGCCCGCCAUGAAUCGAUUCAAGUUGGGUGGCAGAACUCAGAAGACGGAGAGUGGUGCGACCACACCGCGACACGAGGGAACUACUUCUCCAGAAGACAGGUUCGAAAAGAAUUCGGUGGAAAAGACCCAUGGUAGUGGGGAUCUGGAGAAAGAUGGGGUAGCUGCCCAUGGAGGUGGAGGAGAAGGAGGAGAAAAGGUCCGGUUGUUCAGACCAUAUACCUUUGCCUUGGCUGCCAUUGUGAGCAUUGGAGGCUUUAUUUUCGGAUAUGAUACUGGUCAGAUCAGUGGAUUUCUGGAGAUGCCUGAUUUCCUACGACGAUUCCACAAUGUAGGCGACUCACCAGAAACAUAUGGCUUCACCGAUGCCGUGUCAGGAACGAUUGUUGGUCUUUUAUCCAUUGGCACAAUGUUUGGCGCGCUCUGCUCAGCACCCAUAGCCGACCGCUUUGGAAGAAAAGUAUGCAUCAUCUGCUGGAAUCUUAUGUUUUGCGUGGGAGUCGUAAUCCAAAUGGCAUCCAGCAACAAAUGGUACCAAAUCGCAUUGGGCAGAUGGGUAGCGGGUCUCGGAGUCGGUGGUCUAUCCGUUCUCACCCCCAUGUACCAAUCCGAGACGGCACCGCGCCACAUCCGAGGUGCCAUGGUGGGUUGCUACCAACUCUUCAUCACGCUCGGCAUCUUCGUGGCAUACUGCAUCAACUACGGCACCGAAGCCAAUGAUGAUGCGUCCGCUUGGCGUAUCCCUAUGGGCGUGGGCUUCAUCCCUCCAGUGCUUAUGAUUACUGGAAUCUGCUUCCUUCCGGAGAGCCCGAGAUGGGAUUAUCGCCAUAACAAUAUCGAACGCGCUCGCACCACGAUUGCUCGCUCGUAUGGUGUUGGAACGCGUCACUGGGAAGUUCAGCGUGAGAUGCGUGAGAUUCAAGCUAAAUUCGAUGCCGAAUUCGCUGGAGGCGGCAAGCACAAGUGGUAUGAGAUUUUCACGGGCCCUCGAAUGGCAUACCGUACGCUGUUAGGAGUGUCUUUGCAAGCUUUGCAGCAAUUGACUGGAGCCAACUUUUUCUUCUACUACGGCACCACAAUUUUCGAAGCCACAGGCCUCAGCAACAGCUACGUAACCAGCAUGAUUCUCGGCGCCGUCAACUUCGCCUUCACCUUCCCCGGACUCUACGUAAUCGAAAAAGCCGGUCGUCGAGGCGCUCUCAUGUGGGGCGCAGCCUGGAUGUUCAUGUGCUUCAUGGUCUUCUCCUCAGUAGGACACUUCGCCCUCGACCAAACCACACCCACCAACACGCCCAAAGCCGGAGCCGCCAUGAUAGUAUUCGCCUGCCUCUUCAUCGCCGGCUACGCCAUGACCUGGGGCCCCGUCAUCUGGGUCGUCGUCGGAGAACUCUAUCCAACCCGCUACCGUACCAUGUGUAUGGGCCUCGCCUCCUCAUCGAAUUGGAUCUGGAAUUUCUUAAUUUCUUUCUUUUCCCCCUUCAUCACCAGCGCCAUUGAUUUUCAAUACGGUUACAUUUUCGCCUCGUGUUGCGCCCUUUCCAUCCCUCUUGUCUACUUUUUUCUCGAAGAACACCAAGGGCGCAGUUUGGAGGAAAUCGAUACGAUGUAUAUUACUCAUGUUCCGCCUCGCAAAAGUGCGAAAUGGGAACCCCCGAGUGGGGAGGAAUUGGUUACGGCUGAUGCGCUGUAUUUGACUCCUGGCGCGAGGGGAAUUCGAAAGGCUGAGGCGGCGGGUAUGGAGGCGGAUCAGAGAGUGGAAAGUGUUGCUGGGCUUCCGCCGCCGACGGAAUUUCAGGGGAUUAGGGAUGCUCAUGAUGAGGUUCCCGUGGCGAGUGGGGUGAGAGGCAUGUCGUAUUCCAAGGCUGAUCAUGGUGGUGGUGGUUCGUGAUGGGGGGUAUAUGAUUUUCGUGACUUAAGGUAUCUAGGCGAUUAACUUGGGCGAUUGGAUAGAUACCUUACCUCUUUUUUUUUCUCUAUUGUGAGAUACCAUACUAUACGAU